UCUGAAUGCAGGCGCGCGGCGGACGAAAUUGCGCACUAAUGCUGAUGUGGCUAAAUGAAACGGGGCGUUUAAGGUGUUUUAAAACUGUUCGGAUGAAAUGAAACGGGCCCGUUUCAUUGAAGCGGGAAGAUGAAAAUGGAUUUCACCAAAAUCCCUAAAAACAUUUCGUGCCCUAAGCCCUUUUCCAUUUCGAACUGCCAAAAUCUUGUGUGUUUUUGAGUCCCCCGUCUGCAACCCCUCACCGAACCCCUCACCGAGAGCUCUUAUGCCAUCAAUCUCCCCCCAAACUCACUUUCGACCGAGCGGCUGUAAUACUCUGAACAAACCUGGUGGUUUGUUCUUCGGGAGCGUGGUCUGAUCGUGGACUCCGUUGCGCAGAUCCGAGGCUCACGAAACCCUAGCCUUGAAUAACAGGUGUCUCUCUCGUUCUCUCUCGCUUGAUGGAAUCUUUAAUGACACUUUGUUUUCCUUAAAUCAUACAUAUAUGUUGAAUAAUUUCUGCACUAAUCCCUUUUCCAUUUCAUGCCCUUUUCCUCUCUUUUGAUCUCCCUCACUUUCGACCUGCCAAAAUCGUCUCUGUUUUCGAGUCUUCCAUCUGCAACCCCUUUAAGAUUGUGAGAUGACAGAUACAGAAUAUGGAGUCCUUAUGUUCAAGCCUCUUUAAGAUUUGAUAAAAACAGUGCUAGUUGUAUAUUUUAUAUUUUUACUUUGACUAAAAUUGGUUGAUAAGGUUAAUAAAGGGUAUGACACAGGACAGUUGAUCCUUGGUUGGUGCCGUUGGUGGAAGUUAAAUAGUAUGAAUCCCUUUCUUCCUAGGAAAGAGAUUAGUAGAGUAGGUAGCUUAGUGAAUUGAUCAUAUUGAAAACAAUGAAAAGUGAUUUAAUUGAUGAUAUAGAAAAGUUUCUUGGUUCAAUUCUCCACCUUGAUGAUAGAAAAAAGGAUUAAUCUUGGUUAUCGAAGUAUGCUGUUAGAGGCAGUGUUCUAUUUUGUGCAUGGCUUAGUAUGAUUGUUGUCGAAAAAGAUAAUUUUAUAUCCGAGAUUUAAACCCAUUUUCGUUUGGCUUGAGCUCUCUUUGUGCCUUAACGUGGGAUUACUCUGAUUAUAAGAGGCAACUGCAUCAUUCCUCUUACGUAUUUUGAGCAUUGAUGUAGGAAUGUGAUUGAUGGUAAGUUUUUCCCUUUUUAAGGGAAUUGGACAAUGGACAAGUUGAAGACAAAUUUUUUAUUUAGCACUUAGAUUUCCAAAUACUUAAUCAAGGUAUCAACUCUUGUUAGAGUGGUAUGCUUCGACUGCUUUACUCAGCUGUUCUUUUCUUCUAUUCCAUGAUUGUCUUUUUGUUCUGAUCUGUUAUGUAUUGGUUUUUUCCUUUUAUGCAUUGUGAUAUGACUUCGGAGAUGUUGCAAGUGGACUUGUGUAGGGAGGGCUACGUGUUUAGUUUAUAAUUUUGGAACCUAGUAUUUUUAUGGAAGGUUUUUUUAAUCGGUAAGCAAGAUUUUAUUGAUCAAACGAAUAAGCAAGAGCCCAAGUAUACGGGACAUAUACAAGAGCAUUCAUGCCUAAGCGUGCUAGUUUAGAGAUACAAGGAAUUUAUGCUGCUAGGCACGCAAUGAAAAUCAAUUACAACCUCCGUGAAGGGAGUACAGUACUGAAAAAUAGAUUUCAUUGCCCAUACAUUGACCGCACUUGAUCUUUGAAACUUCUUUCGUUCCUCUCCCUUCAAGUAUACCAUCUUAAACAUAUUAUGGGUACAAUCUUUCAAAUUGUCCAGAUCUGAGAGUUACCCUGAAUGGCUUAAUGAAAAGCUAUGGAUAACAUGAAAUUUCAGUUUCUGUUUUUGUGAAAUGACAUUAAGGCUCUUAUUACCCUUACACAUAUGCAGAAAGUCCAUGUAUGAGCUUCCUCUUGUAAUAAUAUAUUUCGGGCAGGACCAACUUGGUUGAUCCUUUUAUAUUAGGCCCAUUGUGUCAACUUGAAUCCCUCAUGUUGUCUAAAGAAAAGGUUUCAAGUGAAGAUUCUUCAUCUUCAUUUGAAACUCAUACUUCCAACAUCAUGCCAACGUGCAUUUGUGGGUCAGCCGCAAAACUUAGAACAUCGAAUACGCUGAGGAAUCCGGGCCGAUCAUUCUUUGGGUGUUCAAAAUAUAAUACGAAGGGGUUACCCCACUGCAACUAUUUCAAAUGGGCAGAUAGACGUCAUGAGAUAGAUAAAGAAAUUGAAAACAUUGAUUUUCAGAUGUCUAGGAAGGAGGAAGAGCUGAUUGAAACUCCGGCAGCUCUUCGUCAAAUUGAGGAAGAAGUUCGAUCACGAGAGGAAGAGUUCAGACAAACCAAGGAAGAGGUUCAAAAUGCCAUGAAAGAGGUUCGAAUUGCAUUGGAACAAGUUCGAAGUGCCUUGGAAGAGGUUCGAGAAAUAGAGGCUGAAAUUGUGAAGAGGGAGUCCGUAGUCUGGCGUCAAUGCAAACUUCUAAGGGUGUAUUGUAUAAUUUGUAUUAUAUUUUAUUUGUACUUUAUACGAGCACAGUGAAUAUCCUCUUAUCGUAAAACUUAGUGUAUAAUUUUGAGGACUUGGAGACUUUCUGCUUUAGAACUGAAAUUUGGAUACACCAAUAUGUACAAGAAUUAGAGUUCCGAAUUUUGAGGACUUGGGACAACAAAAUUGAACAUUGGCUAGUGAUCCACCUCUAAUGUUAUAUCUGAUUGUGUACUU